AUGCGAUACAAAACUGCAAGAGGAAACACGCCUUUACUCGACGGCGCUCUACCAGGAACGCAACAAAUACAAGGGCAAAGGGGGAUUCAAAGUACAUUCCAAGUGUUUGAAGAUCAAUACGCAUAUCCCAGAUACGAUGAAGGAUAUUUUGGACCGAUCGAAAAUGAACGAUAUCUGCUCAAAUGGAUAAACCAGCUCAAACUAAGACUACAUCAGCAGAGCAACUCCGAUCACAGUUUUCUCAGAUCAGUAGAUACGCUUUCUGAACGCAGACCUCCAAUUCGUCAUCCUCAUCCACGAUUCUUCGUCCACACCGGCCUCGUUUUCUUGAUGUCCUUCAUAAUAAUCUCACUCAUCUUGUUCGUUAAUAUCCAGAAUUUAUCAGCCAAACGUAUCACACCAUUAUGUAGCUGCUCCCUUACUGGUUUGGGGAUAGUAGCUAAGGGGUUCUAUACACCCGAAGGAGCAUGUAGAUAUACUGUCAGAUAUGGGAAAUCGGACAGAUGGAGUGACAGUUCUUAUACUUGGGAUAUGGGGAACCAAUCAUCUACAGAUUUGCCUCCUUCAUGUCCUCAAGAUACGGGCACGUACGUUUCUGGUAAUGCACAAGAUGAAGAUUGCCUUUAUGCGACUUUGUACAUCCCUCAAUCCCCGACUGUGGCUUCAAAACUUCCUGUCUUUGUGUGGCUUCACGGUGGAUCGUUUAUGGCUGGAUCAGCAUCCGCACCAGGAUUAGAUGGAUCAAACAUGGCCGUCAGAGGUGAUAUUAUAGUGGUAGUCUUACAAUAUCGACUUGGUGUAUUAGGUUUCUUACCUCCGUCCUCAAGCACAUCAUCGUCCGAUCCGAACUUAGGUGUUCGGGAUGUCAUACUGGCUUUGAAAGGGCUUCAGAAAGGGAUCGGUUUCGUGGGAGGCGAUAAAGACAAAGUGACCAUUGGUGGUCAAAGCAGCGGAGCUGGGCUGAUCAGGGCUUUACUAGGAGUACCCAGUGCUAAAGGAUUAUUUAGAGCUGCGAUACUCCAAUCAGAUCCUAUGAGCUACGGUUUCGCUUCCAAUUAUACUACAUCAAAAGUCCGAGAAGCUUUCUAUAACCUGGAACCAAUGAAAUCAUGCACCGACUUGAAAUGUCUUCAAGAUAUAUCAUGGGCAUCAAUAAUUGCUGCUCAGAAUAUGCUCACUCAAGCGGCUCCCUUAACAAUUCAGGGUUUGCCACUAGGAAUGCCUAUUCGACCAACACACGGUAAUCCUACGUUACCUUCUGAUCCCACUAUCGCUCUGUUCACUGCACCAUCACAACUCGAAAUAUGUGAUAUUCCAUUACUGAUAACGACAGUAUCAAACGAAGCUGGAUCAGCAUUACAGAGGCUGUUUACUGAACCAAUCCCAAUGUCGAACGAAACUUAUUUCGCCACAUUAUCAAUGACUGUAGGAUCUACUAGAGCCGCUCAACUAUCUUCGUCAUCUGAAUAUUUUUUGUCCGACACAGGAGGUGGAUACGGUGAAGGCGGUGAUGAGUUUAGAGUAACAUACGAAAAUGCCGCAACGGACGGUAUCUGGAGAUGCCCAAAUCGGGAUGUAGCAGGACAAUGGUAUCUGAACGGAGGUAAAGUAUGGGUAGGGGAAUGGACAAAGGGAGUAACUUAUCCUGACAAUCAAGUGGAUGAUGGUUAUUGUCGUCAGAGAGGAAGAGUUUGUCACGAGGAUGAUAUAUUUGCGACUUUCGGAAACGCGCCUGAUCCUUCUUCGGACGUAUCAUCGUUGGAAGAUGACGUUCUCUCAUACUGGAUAUCAUUUAUUACAAAUUUAGAUCCAUCACCUAUCAACAGUAUAGGGGAUUGUCCAGACUUGUCCAGAGGUUGGUUCUCAUGGUUUUGGCCGUUCAAACGAGAGGUCUCUGUUCCUUCCAUUCCACUUCCGUCUCAAACUUGGUCACCUUACUCGUCGGAAAAGCAUGUAUUCGCUAUCGGAGGAGGGGAAGUGAAUCGUUGUCCAGAAGGAUAUUGGGGAGAGAAAGUCAAGUAUGAUUGGCAGAUAUAUGGAUAA